GUUAUCGAUAUUCCGAUUGGCCGCUACAGUCAUCUGUUAAAAAAUAAUCAUAUCAAAUCAUUAAUUUGCAAUUGACGAAUAGUUUUAUUAUUCUUUAAGAAACAUAAAAGAGAUGGUUCUUUGUAGAUUUUUUCUCCAGGGUAGCUGUAGAUUUGGAACAAAAUGCAAUAAUGAACACUUGGACGUCAAACAACUUGUAAAAACAGACUUGGAAGGCGCAAUCAAUGGAAAGCAAUGGCCAAUUUCCUGUUUUGGACCCUUCAAAGAUAAACCUUGUAUACCAAGCUUUAUUGAAGAUCAAUCCUUUGAAGAGAUACGUUGGCUAUGUUAUGAAGCAAAACAAAAGAACUGUGUGGAACAAUAUGUACAGCAUUUCAGCAAGGAAGUUAUGGAAGCAAAUAACAAGAUGAAAACUAUGUUGCAAUUACCACCCGCUGCAAUAGAUAUUAUUACCCGACUUUAUGAUGCACCUACCGAUGCUGGUGCUAAUACCGGCUUGACAAAAAGUAAUGUUAAUAAUCCUUUCGGUCUUGGAGGUAAUGUUAUCAACGAUAGCACGUCAAUAUUUAAUAAGCCUAGUGUACCUGGGAAUAGUGCCUUUGGUGGAGCUUUUGGCAAUAAUGCAACUAACGUCGGACAAACGCCUACACAAGGUGGCGGAAUAUUUGGCGGUGGAGGUGGUUUAUCGUUCAAUUCUCCAAAUCAACAAUCUUCGAUUUUUUCGCAGCAGUUACAAAAGCCUGCUUCUGUAUUUGGAGGUGGAGGCACACAAGGCAGUUUAUUUGGGCAAACUCAGACGAAUACUGGAAUUAGUGGUGGACUCUUUGGUCAGACACCUCAAGCGACUGGUAAUUUAUUUGCUCAAACCACACCACAACAGCAACAAACACAGCCUACAGCCAAUGUUGGAUUAUUUGCACAACAACCACAAACAGGCUCACUAUUUGGACAGCAAAAUCAGACGCAGACAGCACCAGGAGGGAAUUUGUUCAAUCAAAAUAUACAGCAACAACAACAACAACCAAAUGGUGGAAAUAUAUUUGCGCAAGCCAUGCAAUCACAGCAACAACAACCCACGGCCGGAUUCCCACUGUUUCAAGCCAAUAAGCCUCAAACCAACUCUGUUUUUGGACAACAAAGCGUUUUUGCACAGCAGAGUACAGGUGGAAUGUUUGGUCAAAUGGCUGCAAAUACGCCUGCGAACAAUGCUAACAAUUUGUUUACUCAACCGGUCAACACAACAGAUACAAAUGGGGUUUUUAAAAACACACAAAACAUAUUCGCCCAAGCUAUGCAACAACAGCAACAAACACCACAAAAUAUGUUUUCGCAAGCUGGACAAAAUUCAGCGCCGGCACAACCGCCCUCAGGUUUCUUUCAACAAAAUGUUCAGUCGCAGCAAAUGACAAAUCAACAUACAGCCUUUGGCCAACAAAUGGGAGUAAAUAACGCUUCGUUGCCUCUCUUACAAUCGCCAGUGGUAAGCAGCUCUGUGUAUAGCAAAUUGGAGGAUCUUACAACAGAAGAUAUUGAAGCCUUCAAAGCUGACACCUUUACGCCUGGUCGAAUUCCAAAUGUUCCACCGCCUCGAGAGUUGAUCAAUUAAAUAAUUUAGUAGAAGUAACCAUAAACAGCAGAAGUAUAUUACGAGCAAAUAAAUAUGAAUCAAACAUGGAACGCUCUAAAGCUAUAAAUUUUACAAAAAUAAGCAAUGCAUUAAAUUAAGGAGAUUAAAUUAACUUUAUUUUCACUUCA